AUUUUGAGAGACAAAUGUUAAUUAGUAUCCCAGAAAGAGAUUUUUUUUCUCUCUCUCUCUCUCUUUCCAUGAACCUUAGCAAUCGGUAAUAAUACAUUUUAGCGCCUAUAUAAAAUUGUGUUGUCUGCUGUCUUCUGAAAGCAGUUAAGGGGUAACACAAAAGAACCCUUCACUUCAGAGAGAAAGAGAAACAGAAAACAACACGGAAUGGGAGAAGUGCAGCAAAUAGUGGAAAUGAAGAAGGAAGUGACAAACAAUACAACAACAAGGUCUGAAAGCAAAGCAAGGCUUGCGAUUUUGGAACUAGCUCACAUGAUGAGUGUUCCAAUGUCCCUAAACGCUAUCUUACACCUCAAAGUCCCCGAGGCCAUGUGGCAAGACGGUUCCAAUACUCCUCUCUCCGCCUCCCAAAUUCUCUCAAUCAUUCGUCCCCACGGCGGCGCCGACGCGGAGAACCUCCAACGCAUCCUCCGCUUGCUCACCAGCUACGACAUCUUUGACGAGCACUUGUGCAGCAGUGGCCAAAGGAAAUACUCUCUCUCCGAAAUCGGAAAGACCCUCGUUGACGAUGAACAGGGCCUAUCCUAUGCUUAUUACAUGCUCCAGCAUCAUCAGGAUGCGCUGAUGCGAGCAUGGCCGUUGGUGGGGGAAGCAGUGGUGGAUCCAACGACGGAACCAUUCGUGAAGGCAAACGGAGAGGGAGCGAUAGGGUACUACACGAAGCGAGGAGAUGUAGUGGGUUUGCUUUACAAGGCAAUGGCUGGGAUGGCUGGGCCAUUGAUGAGGGAAAUUCUUCAAGUCUACGAUGGCUUCGAAGGCGUAGAGACACUCGUGGAUGUUGGUGGCAACACGGGUGUUUCUCUUCGCAUGAUUAUGGACAGCUUCCCCAACAUCCGCAAAGGUAUCAACUUCGAUCUUCCCGACAUGGUGGCCCGUGCAGCCCCCAUUCCAGGUAUAACCCAUGUUGGCGGUGACGCUUUGGAAUAUGUACCCCCUGGGGAUGCUGUCUUCAUCAAGUGGGUGUUCUUAUCAUGGACGGACGAGGAAAGCAAGCUGGUUAUGGAGAACUGCCAUAAGGCACUUCCGAUGGACGGAAAGUUGAUUAUAUGCGAACCGGUUGCGCCGGAGUUGACGGACGAGAGUCGCAGAACGAGAGCAUUGCUUGGUGGUGACAUAUUCGUAAUGACAAUGUAUAGAACGAAGGGGAAGCACAGAACUGAAGAGCAAUUCAGACAAAUCGGCAUUUCUGCUGGUUUUUCUCGUUUCCGUGCCUUCUACAUUGAUCCUUAUCUGACUGUCCUUGAGUUUCAGAAAUGAGUGAUUGGAAAAUGCUAAUAACACUCCUUCAACACACUUUAUAUCAUUGGUUUAUUUUAAAAAAGUCAAUUAAUAUCUUUUAAAUGUUACUUUGACUUUUUAAAACUUAAACUAAUAAGAUAAAGUGUGUUGAAGAAUAUAUUUUAAAAAAAGUGUGUUAAUGUAGCAUUUAAGUGUGAUGAGAAUAAAUCAACUGAAAUUAUGAAUUAGGAGGGAAAAAAAUAAUUAGGAACAGUAGUUCCGAAACACUUAUUGUGAUUCUUCCUUAUGAAUAAACCUUCAUAAAAUAUUUGGAUUUAUGUUCAUUGUAUAUCUUCUCCUCUUAAAUUGUACACUGGUAACUGGAUAUUAAUUCCCCUUUUUCAUAUUUUAAGAUAGUCGCAGGAGCUAGAAAUGCAAUACUUAAAAUAUAGAUUUUAUUAACUAGUUUUUAAUAUCAAGUUUAAGCAUUUAAAAAUAUUAAAUUUUUAUUAAAAACAACAUCUUUAUUGUAUUGAGAUACAAAAGUGUAAUAAAUAUUUUUAAACAAAAUAUUACUAUUAUUAAUUAUUUAAAUUUAAUUUUUAGAACUAAAGUUAAUAUUUUUCUUAAAAUUUUAAAUAUUUUAUUUUAGUAUAGAAAACCUAAACAAAUUUAUAUACUGAGAAAACACACAAUUUAUGUUUGGUUUUGUUUAGUUUCUCUUAUGUUGAUAUUCUUUGAGUAAUAAUAAUAAAAAUAUUACUUUUUAUUUUAUUAUGUUAAUAAUUACAAAAAAUAUCAUAUUAUUUUUAUUUUAUGUUUUUCAAAAUCUAGAAAUAUAUUACAAACAAGAAACCUUAUUUUUAUUCAUUCCAUUUACGACAUUGUG